CCCUCCGGACUGCGUACGCGACCGGAACAGCGCGGAGGCAUGAGAGCGCUGCAGAAAUGAACAGGAGCAAACGCUGUAACGUAACGUGCUGACAUUGUUAUCUCAUUAACGACGACAUGUUUUCAUCAGACUAACUCAAAAACUCAGUCAUUCAGCGAUGGAGUGCGAUAUUUUGGAUUCCUUGGAGCAGCUUGGCUACAGCGGCCCUCUGCUGGAGGAGAGGGUGCUGCUCGGAGCCGCAGAGGGAGGCCUGUCGUCGCCUGAGUAUGUGGGCCUGUGUAAGUGGCUGGCGUCCAGGUUAAAGCCGCUGUGUCAGCUGGAGGAGAGCAUUACUUCCGGUCCAGACGACAUGGAAAGCCUUCACGUGGAGAUGAGUGGUCUGCUGAAAGAGCUGCGCUGUCCAUAUGAGGAAGUCGUUUCGGGGAUUCUCAAGGGCAUUGUGCUGACUACAAGAGAUCACCUCAAGUUUCUCCUGUUUCUAAGCUCCGAGCUCCAGGCAGCGCAGAUUGUGAUGAGCAGGAGACUCUCUGAUGAACAACCCCGAGAGAGUCCGGUGCAUCAGGAGCUCCUGGACAUCUAUGAAACCCUGAGCCUCCCGCGGCCCACGGGACAGGACGCAGGGGGGCUUUUGUCUCAAGUCAGAGACAAGGUGGAAGAAGUACUUAAAGAUCUUCCAAAUGGCUCGAUUGGAAACCCAGUGCUAAAAAAAUCUCUCUGCAAUGAACAAUGGGAGAAGUUGCACGACAUAAACACAGCUCUGUCUUCAGAGUACGAAUGCCGGCGCAGGAUGCUGAUCAAGCGGCUGGACGUCACAGUGCAGUCCUUCGGGUGGUCAGACAGAGCCAAAGUAAAGGUGGACAGCAUGGCGAAGGCCUAUCAGCCUAGGAGACACUCGCUGAGGCCACAGUCCACAGUAGCUAUGGCUGAGCUGCUGGCGGCCAGAGAAGACAUCUGCAACGUGGUGAAGACCAGCAGCGGCUCCAGCAGGGAGAAGACAGCGUGUGCCGUCAACAAAAUCCUAAUGGGGAGAGUCCCAGACCGAGGAGGACGCCCCUCAGAGAUAGAAGCACCUCUCCCUGAGAUGCCUCCCUGGCAAAAAAGACAAGAUGGAGGAGGAAGAGGUGGAGGACGAGGAGGGAGAGGUGGAUGGGGAGGAGGAGAUUGGAGAGGUGGUCGUUCGGAGCAUGGAGGAAAGAGAGGAAGGUAUCGGUAUUAGUUUCUGAUUGAACCCGUUUUGUUUUUUUCAAUUCUGUUCUCUAUAGAGGGAGAAAUAACAUAAAUUAGUCAUCUUUUUAGAUUAUUUAUAAUGUUCAUAUUUCUAUCAGUGUUUCAUUUUGCUUUUAUCAAUAUUCUCAGUGUUUAGUAUAAUGACAAGUAUUCUCUUUAAGUACUUUUUGCAUCACAAGGUUAUGGCAUCAAGCCAUAAACUACUUAUUCUAAAGAGUUGAAGUUCACACUGAAAGUGAUGCGUACGUCUACAAAAAAACUUGACUUUUCAGUGUUUGAGACUGAAAUCAAGGAGCUGCUCACAACUGUAAACUAACUUCUUACAUUUAAGCUAAAGUGAUGAUUUUUUUUCCUCUGCUCAUUGCAAACAUGGAAGCUACAGAUGAGUGGACACUCUGAAUUAAUAGUUUACAAUAAGACAUUUGUUUGCCACCAUAAACAUUUAACUUUUUUUUUUUGGUAUUUAGAAUUGAAGUGUUCGACAUUAAAAGAUGGAGUGAGGAAUGUUUGUAGUAAAGUGUUGUUAAUGUCAAACCCUGAACAAAACCACUGCUGUAGGACAAAGAGGACAUUGAAGUAUUUCAAACUACAAAAAUCUGCUUUUCCCUCAUUUCUUUGAAGAUUUUGUACCAGCUGUAAUCCUUUUUCCACCUUUUGAAAUACUGUAAUAAAAGAUCUUCCAGUGAUUU